GGCUCCUCUCUCGCAUAUCCCCACAGGCGCCUCCAGCCCCCCGUACGAAAACCGGAGGCGAAAACCCUCAAACCCUAAUCCCCAUGGCGGACUCCGACGCAUCGGCGCCGCCGCCAGAGGUAGCGACCGAGAUGAAGAUUCCAGUCGUAGACCUCACCGACGCCGUGCAGGAAGACGCUGCAUCUGACCCUGCGGCGGCCGCCCCCACGCAGGAAGAGGCGCCAUCAGAGGUUGCCGACGCCGAAGGCGACCACAAGAGGAAGCUCGAGGAGGUCGACGCGGGCGCGGAGGCCAACGGCGCCGGGGAGGACGCCAAGCGACCGCGCGUGGAAGGCAACGGCGCAGAUGCCGUGCAAAACAGUGAGUCCUCCGAGAAGCCCGAGGAGCCAGUCGCUGUGAUUACUGAGGGGGCGGCAGAUGCCGAGGUUGCUCCUACCGGCGAUCUGCAGACAAGUUCUGAGGUCAAGCCACAGGAGACUGCAACUCAAGCACUGCCACAACAGCAAGAAGGUGAUGCAACCGGUGCCCUGCAGGAGACUACCCGCCUAAUUGAUGUGCCCAAUACUAAGGUCGGUGUUCUAAUUGGAAAAGCAGGUGAAACGAUCAGAAACCUGCAAAUGAGCUCGGGCGCAAAGAUCCAAAUCACAAAGGAUGCAGAUGUCCCUUCAGAUGCCACGACUCGUCCAGUCGAAUUGGUUGGAACUAACGAGAGUAUUGACAAGGCUGAGCAGCUUAUUAAGAGUGUUAUAGCCGAGGCUGAGGCUGGCGGUUCCCCUGCCUUGAUAGCCAAAGGUUUCGGGUCUGGUCAGUCAGGUUCAGAGCAGUUUGAGAUGCUAGUCCCUGAUAAUAAGGUUGGUUUAAUUAUUGGAAAAGGAGGUGAGACAAUUAAAAACCUGCAAACCCGAUCUGGUGCUCGAAUCCAGUUAAUUCCUCAACAUCCUCCGGCGGGUACUACACUGACUGAAAGGACUGUACGUGUUACUGGCAAUAAGAAGCAGAUAGAAGCUGCAAAAGAGUUGAUUAAGCAAGCUAUGAGUCAGACAUUUCCAAGAAACACAACUCAGUCUGGUGGCUAUGGUCCGCAACAUCAUCACCCUCAGGGUCAUGGCCCAGCUUCUCAGUGGGGGCCACGUUCUCAACCUCAGCAGUAUGGAUAUCCACCAAGAGGGCCUCCUCAGAACGCGCCAUACUCUCAACCCCCUUAUGGUGGUUACCCACAGCAGCCGCCACCUAGAGGUGGCAUGGGCUGGGACCAGAGGCAGGGCCCUCCGCCUCACCAGGGUGGUGGUUAUGACUACUACAAACAGGGAUCUCAACCGUAUGAAAGCCAGCCACCAAACUACCCCCCUGGACUAGGUAACUACAACAGCUAUGGCCCAUCACAAGCUCCAAGCUAUGGACAGCCUCAGUAUCCACAGUCUGCGCCUCCACAGAACUAUGGCCCUGGAUAUGGUGAUCCUAGGUACAGUGCUCCAGCUCCAGCCCAGCAGUACUAUGGGCAGCCACCAGCCGGUCCGCAGCAAGGUUACCCUCAACAGCCAGAUCCUUAUGCUAGACCUCCAUAUGGUGGACCUGGACAAUGGCCACCCAGAGGCAGUGCACCUGCAGAUGGUGCUUACCAGGCACCACCCCCUGCAUCUUAUGCUCCGCCAGCCCAGCAACCUCCUGCUUAUGGUCAAACAUACCCAACUGGACCUGAUGGGUAUGCUCAGCAGGGUUACUCACAGCAGGGUGGGCAAGGGCCAGCAGCAUAUGGUCAGAGUGCUCCGGCAGGACCAGGGUACAGUCAGCAGGGCGGCUAUGCGCAGUAUCCUGCGUCGCAGCCAGCAUACGGUGAUCAGUCAGCUCAAAACAACGCAAACUAUGGCUAUCAGGGAGCCCCAGCUGAUCCCAGCUAUGGAAAUGCCUACCCACAGUCAGGAUAUGCUGCUGCACCGACAACUGGUCAGCCUGGAUAUGGUCAGGCAGGAUACACCCAGCCACCAGCUACAAACCCACCAAGUUAUGAUCAGUCUGCGCCACCGGCAGCUCAAAGUGGCUAUGCUGCACCUGCUGCAAACCCACAGCCUGCGGUUGCAAAGGGCGUGUCGCCUCAGCCUGCUACUGCUGCUGGAUACGGCGGGCAGUGGACUGCCUGACUUCUGUUCUGAAGCCCCGCUGAAAGCAAGAUAUAUUUGAGAGCUAUAUGUUUUGUCGCCUGCUGUUUUAAAUCUUUGGGAUGAGGCUUGCCGUCUAAAAGUUUAUACUCUCUGUAGUACUAGUAGAUUGUUAUGUUAACUUUGAACUUUUGAGUUGAAAAGAGAACCUGGUUAGCUUA